AUGUCCAACACAUUAUUUGAUGAUAUUUUCAACAUAACGGAUGUCGAUGCCGCAAGAUACAACAAAGUAUCACGUAUAAAUGGUACUUCUUCAACUUCAUCAGAUAUUAAAAUUACUUUAGAUAUAAAUUCAGAUUUAUUCCCAGUUACAUCAGGUGAAGCAUUAACAAUCACAUUAGCUUCUUCAUUAGCAUUAGAUGACAAAAACAAAGAUACUACUGGUUCAUGGAGAGCUCCAAAAGCUGGUGAAAAAUCAUUAGCUGAUGAUUAUGAUUAUGUUAUGUAUGGUACUGUUUAUAAAUUUGAAGAAGGUUCAGAUGAUAAAAUGUAA